CGGUCGAACGACCUUAUGUCCGCAUCAUGUCGCAAAACUUUCCGGUGGCACCGCGCGCGCAGCGCACCGGCGGCCGAAAUGCGCACAAGGGACGACGCACAGCAGUGUUCGGCAACGAUUUUUAACGUUCGUGGGACGGGGGUGCCGAGUGCAGGCGUCCCGCACGCACACGCGCUUAACACGCGCCCACAUCGGCGCACAACCCUUACUCUGGUGUGCGCGUGCACAGAGACGCGAACGCACCGCUACGACACCGUGUCUCUACACCCGUCCCUCCGAAGGGACGUCGACUUCAGUGCUCAUCACGUAACUGUCACACGCGGUCGUUCGCCACGCGCGUCAUCGACACACGUCUGCGCGCGCUCGUCCCCACACGCGUCAUCGAUGGCGCCCAGGGACAACCAGGAGCUGGUGCCGUUGACGGACGGCUGCGGCCGAGCGAACGACGACGAACCCGUGGCCGACGGCGGCCGGCGUCAGAAAAAAACGGCGGCCGCGUGCUCGGACAACGCCAAGGGACAGCCGCGGGCGCCGACCACCAACGACACGAAAACGUCUGUGCUCGCCUGCCGGCAAAUAGUCGGGCUGGGCACGCUCUGGAGAUUUCCCUACGUGUGCCUCAAGUACGGCGGCGGUACAUUUUUAAUACCGUACAUGAUCGUUAUGUGCUUAGUGGGUUAUCCGUUACUCAUUAUGGAAAUUGGCAUUGGCCAGAAAUUAAGACAUAAUAGUAUUACGAUAUGGACAACAAUUAAUCCUCAAUUAGGAGGUAUUGGUUUAGUGAUGUGUUUGGUUACCGUCGCUAUGGCUUGUUAUUAUAGUACUAUCAUGGCUUGGGGCACCAAAUAUAUGAUCGACAUGAAUAAGUUUCCAGACUUAUGGCCAUCAAAUGGUCAACCACCAAUUGAUCCAAAAAGAUCUCAAUUAUUCUGGCACAAAUCUGUACUAAACAUAACAAAUUCAAUGGAUGAAUCUAGUGAUAUGCAAGCGGACCAAGCAUUUUCAUUGUUUUUCACAUGGCUCUCAAUAGCAAUAAUGUUGGCAGCAACAUGGAUUACUUGUAAAAACAAAUACAUAAAUGCGAUUAUUAAUAUUUUGAAUUCAAUAUUUCAAUGUUUACCAUUCUUUGUUAAAAUUAUGAUAUGUGUCACUCCGCCAUUCUUGUUUCUUGUUUUAUACAUUGUAGAAUCAGGUUACGGAUAUAUCAGUUUCUUAUACAUGACGUCCAUUAAGUUAAAAGACUUAUUGGUUCUUCCUAUCUGGGUUGACGCAGUUAUACAAGUAUUUUGUUCAUUGGGUUUAUUGCAUGGUUCUUGGAUUUCGUUCGGCUCGUCUUCUAAACGCAAAAGCAAUUUUCUAUUGACUGCUACUGUGGUGGUAUCAUUCAGUUUCAUUUUAGUAUUUAUAUGGACUUGGUUUAUAAUUUCAACGAUAAUACCAAAUGUUCUGCAAGAUAUUAAGACUUGCGUAAUCGGAUCGGCAUAUAAAUGGGAUAACUCUAAAGGGAUGCCCGCCUAUGUGUUUUAUAGUAAUAGCUACGAUGCAUUAAUUGCUAGUCGAAAACUUGAUGACACUUUGAUGAAUUUUGAUGUACAAGAAUGUAACAUGGAAAAUCAAUUCAAAUUGGCAAGUAAUGGUGUUGGACUAAUAUUUAUAGCCCUUGGAGAGUUCACUACAACGUUUUCAUUUGGAAAUAUUAUUGGCUAUAAUUUAACAAAAAUUGUCAUUAACAUUCCACUGAUUUUAAUCCUUACUUUUGGUACAGCAUGGUUGGUACAUUUGUUAAGCUGGUUCAUUUGGGCACUUGCCGAAGUUGAAUGCUUGAAAAAAGUAUCUAAAUUUUGUAUAUCAUGUAUGCUUUGUGCAAUAUGCUGUGUCUGCGGAUUGGUAUUCACAACUAGAACAGGUGUAUAUUGGCUGUCGCUAUACAACGAAAUCUUUAUAAAUUCAUGUCUAACAGUAUUAGCACUAUGCGAAGUUCUUAUUAUUGUUUUCAUCUAUGGUUAUAAACAAUUCUUACUUGAUAUUUACGAUAUGACUGGACACACAAUUGGUCGCCUUUCUAUAUUAAUUUGGAGACACGUGACGCCAAUUUUACUGAUAUUAACGUUUUCGUCUAUUUUGACGGUUGGUGUUUUAGAUGGAUUCAGAUACGAAGUUUGGACACAUAGAAGUAAUUUUUUAACUAAAACAAGGUAUCCAUACUGGGCUCAGUUGAUAGUUUGGGUAAUCACAGCGAUAUGUCUACUAUUAAUACUAGCAUUCUGUAUGGUAGAUAGUCGACAAAAUUUAAGUUCCAAGUGUUUAGAAUCCUUGACGAAGGUGAAAAAAGCCACCAGUGGAUACAUUAAGCGAUCAGAUACGGGUCUAGCUGGAAAAAGCAUUGUUACAGAAAUUGAUUUUGAUGAUUGUCCUGAUUCGGAAAAUGAUGAGACACUGGAUGCUUCAUUAGCUCAAGGUCCAGUACGUAUGUAUAAAAUUGAAGUUCUCGACUCUUGGAAAUCCGCUAGGGGUCAAGUUUAUCUCUAAUAAGUUCGUGUAUAUUUGUGAAGAAAUGCCAUGUUAUGUUUUUAAUAAAUAUGAACAUAAAUAAAACCAAGUAUACUAUAAUGUA